AUGACUGUGACUAAAGAACUUUUUUCACUUUACUUUUGUCCAUUCCCGCUAUUUGACAAUUAUUCGACAAAAAUGUUUAACCGCGCAAAGUUUAACGCAGGUGGGAUCACUCAACCAGAAAACGAUUAUUUAUUAAUUAUAUUAAUUUUAUCAUCGAGAAAAAACGUGGAUCGUCGAAAUUCGAUAAGAUCUACAUGGCUUAAAGAUAAAGAUAACUCGAAAAUAAAACAUUUGUUUGCCAUUGGUCGUUCUGAUAACCAGGAGGAAAACGAGCUGUCAUCUGCAUUACUCAAAGAAAAGAAUAAGUACAAUGAUCUAUUGUUCCUAAAUGUUUCAGAAGAUUACCAUAAUCUUUCAGAAAAGCUGUUAAAAUCUCUAGAUCAACUUUUUAAAUUGUACAGCUUCAAAUUUUUAUUGAAAUGCGAUGAUGACACCUUUACAGUUAUUGAAGCCCUAUUAAAAGAACUGGAAUCAGAAGAUGAAAAAAAGCUGUAUUGGGGAUUUUUUGAUGGGAAAGCUAAUGUUAAAACUAAAGGUAAAUGGAUGGAACAUAAUUGGUUUCUCUGUGAUAAAUACCUCCCUUAUGCAAGAGGUGGUGGCUACAUUCUUUCAUAUGAUCUAGUCAGAUUUAUUAGUACCAACAAAAUGUAUUUACAGUUGUACAAUAAUGAGGAUGUCUCUGUGGGCGUGUGGCUAAGUGCCUUGAACAUUAAAAGAAAACAUGAUCCACGAUUUGAUACUGAAUACAAAUCAAGAGGAUGUAACAAUAAAUAUCUGAUCACUCAUAAGGUAUCCCCUGAAGUCAUGAGAGACCUGCAUCUUAAUUUAAAAACCACCAAUCGAUUGUGCAAAUAUGAAUUUCAAAAAUAUCGAUCGUAUAUUUACAACUGGAACUAUCCUCCCUCACAAUGUUGCAUUCGAAACAAUAGUUUAAUACCAUAA